GGAAAUGGUCGUGCUGCGCUGCGCUGCGGCUGCGUCGGGCCGCGCGCGCUGAAGGAGACUGAAGUCAGUCGGAUGAAAGGUCUCUGCAGGCCCGCUCAGUCGGCCCAGGUUUUUCCCGCGGGGGGAUAGCGAGGGGAUCCUUAUGCACAACCACAUGAAAUGAACAAAGCUCCACAGCCCACAGGAGGAGCCCCGACAGCCCCGCACCCUGCCCCUUCUCCUGGACUUCCACAGUCGACGUUCCCACCCGGUCAGACGGCACCCGUGGUUUUUAACCCAGCACCGACCUCACAAAUGAAUACGCCUUCUCAGCCGCGACAGCAUUUCUACCAGAACAGGGCGCAGCCUCCCACGAGCGCGUCUCGCGUGCAGAGUAACACGACGGCCCGGCCUGGCCCGCCUGCCCAUGUGUAUCCAGCUGCUUCCCAGGUGAUGAUGAUACCCUCCCAGAUAUCCUACACACCUUCCCAAGGAGCGUAUUACAUUCCCGGACAGGGUCGCUCCACGUACGUUGUCCCGACCCAGCAGUACCCAGUGCAGCCUGGUGCCCCCGGUUUUUACCCUGGAGCUAGCCCUACAGAGUUCGGGACUUACGCGGGUGCCUAUUACCCAGCCCAGGGGGUGCAGCAGUUCCCGGCGGGGGUCCCCACGGCCCAGGUCAUGAUGAGCCAGCAGCCACCAAUUCCCCCAAAGCGAGAGCGCAAGACGAUCCGGAUACGAGACCCUAACCAAGGCGGCAAAGAUAUCACUGAAGAAAUCAUGUCAGGAGCAAGGACCUCAUCCACCCCCACACCUCCCCAGGCUGGAAGUGGUUUGGAGCCGCAGGCCAACGGAGAGACGCCGCAUGUAGCAGUUAUUGUCCGACCGGAUGACCGCCCGAAACCCGCGCUGGUGGUAAGCAAGCCUGUCUCCUUGGAGCCCAGCAAGUCGGCGUCGCCGUCACCUCCCCCUCCCCUCAUUCCUGAGAUGGAGCCCGUGCUGCUCUCAGCCGUGACGCUGGUGCCAAUGGAGCCCCCCGUGGAUGCGGACACUAAAGCGGAGCUGGGCGAGGUGCUGCCUGACCCGCACGAGACUUUUAGCGCCAUCACUACAGUGCCAGGGGCUGUGGAGCUGCCCCUCGUGCCUGCCCCCGACAUGGACACUGUGGUCCUGGAGGAGGAAGCUGCCAUUCCCCUCCUAGAGCCUGCCCCGGAGGUGCCUGAGCUGCCUGAGGUGCAGCCGGUGCCUGUUGUCCCCACGAUGCCAGCCGGGCCCCCAGUGCCGGCACCGGCGUCGCCUCCGCUUGUACUGCAGGCCCCUGAAGCACCCGCCAAACCCGCCUCCCCCAGCCCCCCGCCACCCCCGGAAGAGCCCUGCCCUGAGGACGCAGCCGAGGCCAACGGGGUCUUAGAGGAGGUGCCCGAGCCGGUCCCCGAGGCACCUGUGUGCCAGCUGGCACCUGUGCCAGCACCUGAGCUGGUGCCUGCGCCCGUCCUGGACUCUCCCAUCGCCCAGCCCGAAGAGCUGCCUCUACCCAACGGGGUGGAGGGCACGGACAAAGUGGAGCCAAGUGAGGAGCAGCCAGAGUCGGAUGUCAGCCCCAUCUCGGAACCCGAGGAGCCGGCCCAGCCGGACACCCCCAGCUCCCCCCCGGCGGAGGAGGAGGAGGAGGAGAGCGAAGGCCCUGCCGAGGCCCAGGAGCGGAGUUCGAGCCCGGCCCCUGCCCCUUUGCAGACCUCGGAGGCGACUGCACCAGUCGCCAUGUCGGUGCCAAAGAAAAAGCGACGAAUGAAGGAACUGAACAAGAAGGAGGCAGUAGGCGAUUUGCUGGAUGCCUUUAAAGAGUCUCAGAUCAGUGACAGUGCCUCAGAGGCGGAGAACAAGCCCCCUGCAUCCGCCCCUGCCCACGAAGCAGAGGACGCAGCCCCCACGCGUCCCCAGGAGGAGUCAGAGGAGACGUGGGAGGAAAAAGAGGACAAGCUGGCCCCAGAGAAGGGCAAGGCUGUGGAUCAGAAGUACCGCUAUAAGGAAGAGCAAUGGAAGCCCCUGAACCCUGAGGAGAAGAAGCGAUACGACCGCGAGUUCCUGCUGGGCUUCCAAUUCAUCUUUGCCAGCAUGCAGAAACCUGAGGGGCUUCCUCAGAUCACGGACGUGGUGCUGGACAAGCCCUGUCUUCUCCCUUUGCAGGCCAACAAGACGCCUCUGAGGGCGCUGGACCCCAUCCGCCUCAGUGGCAUGAACUGCAGCCCUGACUUCACCCCCUCCUUUGCCAACCUCGGCCGGCCUGUCAUGGGUAACCGGAGCCUGCCCUCAGGGUUGGGUCCCCGCCGCUCUCAGCAGAGCCAGAGGAAGGAACCCCGCAAAAUCAUUGCCACUGUGUCCCUCAAUGAGGAUGUCAAGCUGAAUAAGGCUGAAAAGGCCUGGAAACCCAGCAGCAAGCGUGCCUCGGAGGAGGAGGAUCCUGAGAACAUCAAGACACAGGAACUGCUCCGCCGUGUCCGCAGCAUCCUCAACAAGCUGACACCCCAGAUGUUUCAGCAGCUGAUGAAGCAGGUGAUGGAGUUAUCCAUUGACACGGAGGAGCGGCUCAAGGGUGUCAUCGACCUCGUCUUCGAGAAGGCCAUCUCGGAGCCAAACUUCUCUGUUGCCUAUGCUAACAUGUGCCGUUGCCUUAUGGGGCUCAAAGUGCCCACAACAGACAAGCCCACGGUGACUGUGAACUUCCGCAAACUGCUGCUCAACCGCUGCCAGAAAGAGUUUGAGAAGGACAAGGAUGACGAUGAGAUCUUUGAGAAGCGUCAGAAGGAGAUGGAUGAUGCCAGUGCUCCCGAGGAGAAGGCACGCAUGAAGGAUGAGUUGGAGGAAGCGCGGGAUAAGGCCCGCCGAAGAUCCCUGGGCAACAUCAAGUUCAUCGGGGAGCUGUUCAAACUGAAAAUGCUGACGGAGGCCAUCAUGCAUGACUGCGUGGUGAAACUGCUCAAAAACCAUGAUGAGGAGUCUCUUGAGUGCCUUUGCCGCUUGCUUACCACUAUUGGCAAGGACUUGGACUUCGAGAAGGCGAAGCCCAGGAUGGACCAGUACUUCAACCAGAUGGAGAAGAUCAUCAAAGAGAAGAAGACAUCAUCCCGCAUCCGUUUCAUGCUGCAGGAUGUGAUUGACCUCAGACGGAAUAGCUGGGUGCCACGGCGAGGAGACCAGGGCCCCAAAACCAUCGACCAGAUCCACAAGGAAGCAGAGAUGGAGGAGCAUCGGGAACAUAUCAAAGUGCAGCAGUUGAUGUCGAAGGACAAGAGGAGAGGACCCCCUGGGCCAUCCUCCAGCAGUGGCCGCGGGAGCCUGGUCGCGGAUGACGGCUGGAACACAGUGCCCAUCAGCAAGGGCAACCGGCCCAUUGACACCAGCAGGCUAACAAAGAUCACCAAGCCUGGAUCAAUCGACUCCAACAACCAGCUCUUUGCGCCAGGCGGGCGGCUGAGCUGGGGCAAAGGCAGCAGCGGAGGCUCUGGUGCGAAGCCUGCAGAUUCAGCAUCUGAUUCAGGGCGACCGGCCACGAGCACCUUGAACCGCUUCUCAGCACUCCAGCAGUCCACCCCUGCCGAGAGCCUGGAGUCCCGUCGCGUGGUGCAGAGAAGCAGCUCCAGCCGCGACCGGUCAGAGAAGGCUGGGGACAGAGGGGACCGGGAGUCGCGUUCGGAAAAGGGCAGCGACCGCCUGGAGCGUCCUGACCGGGGGGAGCGGGGAGAGAGGAACAGGUCUGCCCUCACCAAGAGGAGCUUCAGCAAAGAGACAGAGGACCGGAGCUGGGAACGGGAGAAGCAAGGCGGCCCCGAGGCCGUACGCAAGGCUGCUAGCAUGACGGAGGAGCGGGACAGGAGCCGAGAGACAAUUAAGCAAGAGCCAGCACCUCCUGCAGAACCCCCCAAGCCCACACUAUCAGAAGAAGAGCUAGAGAAGAAAUCUAAGGCAAUUAUAGAGGAAUACCUGCACAUCAACGACAUGAAGGAGGCCCUGCAGUGCGUGCAGGAGCUGGGCAGCCCCUCCUCGCUCUACGUCUUUGUGCGGAAUGGCAUCGAGUCCACGCUGGAGAGGAGCACAAUUUCUCGAGAGCACAUGGGAGUCCUGCUGUUCCAGUUGGUGAAGGCUGGCACGCUCUCCAAGGAGCAGUACUACAAAGGGCUGCGGGAGAUCCUGGAGAUUGCGGAAGACAUGGAGAUUGACAUCCCACACAUCUGGCUGUACCUGGCUGAGCUUAUCGCACCCAUCCUGCACGAGGAAGGCAUUCCUAUGGAGGAGCUGUUCAGGGAGAUAACAAAACCCUUGGUGCCCAUCGGGAAGGCCACUACACUGCUGGUUGAGGUGCUGGGCUUGUUGUGCAAGGGCAUGAGCCAGAAGAAAGCAGGCAAGCUGUGGCGGGAUGGGGGCCUAAGCUGGAAGGAAUUCCUGCCUGAGGACCAGGAUGUCAACAAAUUUGUCACAGAGCAGAAAUUAGAGUACACGAUGGGAGACAGCUCAGACACGCCGAGCCGCAAGGAGCUGACCUCAGAGGAGCUGUGCAAGCAGAUGGACAAAUUGCUGAAGGAGAACUCAAACAACCAAAGAAUAUAUGACUGGAUCGAGGCUAACCUAAGUGAGCAGCAGGUCUCAUCCAACACGUUUAUCAGGGCGCUGAUGACGUCCGUGUGCCAUUCGGCCAUAGUCUUUGAGAACCCAUACCGCGUAGACGCCCAGGUCAUCCGCAACCGGGCCAAGCUACUGCAGAAGUACAUGCGGGACGAGCAGAAGGAGCUCCAGGCACUCUAUGCCCUGCAGGCCUUGGUGGUGAAGUUGGACCAGCCUCCAAACCUGCUCAGAAUGUUCUUCGAUGCCCUCUACGACGAGGACGUCAUCAAAGAGGAGGCCUUCUACAAGUGGGAGUCAAGCAAGGAUGCAGCUGAGCAGCAAGGCAAAGGGGUGGCCCUCAAAUCAGUGACAGCAUUUUUCACCUGGCUCCGGGAAGCCGAGGAUGAGUCGGACAAUAACUGAGCAGCCGUGAGGAGGAGGAGGAAGGGGGGAGAGAGCAGGGCACCCCAGGGUGUGACUCCAUCUCCUCUCACCCAGUGCCCCGUACCCCUGGCCCCCUGGACUUGUUCAUGCCGGGGUCAAGGGACCUGCUGUGCCCCCAGCAGCCCUCCUCUUUUAUUUCUCUCUCCCCUCUUCCCCUCAUCCUGGUUUUGUUUGCAAGGCCUGUACUAGUUUGUCACGAUGAUAAUAAACAUGCUGACGGAGGCAGCUGUCGCUGUGGGUCCGCUCUGGGCCCCUCCUCUCUCCCCUCCCAGCGCAGGGACCCCAGGUCACCAGGAAGGGGGCAGAGAACCCCUAGACUCAUGUCACGGGGAGACGGGACAGGAUGGGGAUAUUCUCCCCCCUCCUUUCCCCCCUCCUCUUCCUCUCCCCCACUUGCUGAAAUAUAGAGAGAUUAUAUAUAUAUAAACUUAUUAAAUUUGGUUUGGGGACAGGAGCAUGAUUUCUCCCCUUCCCCUGUCCCCCUCUAUUUCCCCAUCACUGCCUGGACUCUUUCCCCCCCCCCCCCAACCUCACCCCAUAGUUUUUUAUUUUAAAUAAAUAAUUUCUCCUCCCCCUUCCCCUCUGCCAGCUCCUGCUCUGACACCUGCGGAGGGGGUGGGGGGGGAGUGACCCCUUCUCUCUGGGGCCAGGCUGAGUCCCUGUCCUCCCCUUCAAAGACCUCAUUCCUCCCCCAAACAUUUAAGGCCACAAUUGGGCAAGCAACGGGGCGGCCCUGCAUCUGUGUCCCCUGUAUUUAUAGAGCGCCGGAUGUGACGAGCCGCACGUGUAAUUAUUAAAACAAGGAUUCAAUUACUGGUCACGUGAAUUUGUAAAUAAUUUUUUUGCUUUUUUUUCUUUAUGGAGUAUUUAAUUGAAGAUUUAAAGGCAUCUUUUCACCUUAAAAAACUGGAAAUAAAAGAACAUUGCUAAAUAA